AUGGACGAGCUCUUCGGCGAGAAGGACUGUCACCGUCACCCGCCGCUCGACCUCACGAGUCGCGCCUUUCAGCCAAAGAAAUACAUCCAGCGCGUCCUGGCGAAUGUGUCACAUGCUGUGUUCGAAGGCCAGCUCGUCGAAAAAGUCGGGGCAGCGGAGGAGGACACCGGAGAGGCCCUCAAGCAGCUCAUACGCGACAACCUCGGCGUGUUCAUCCACUCAAAGGAUGCCAUGGACGCCGUGUACAACUCUGACGCAGAGCUCUUCACCGGUGAAGCCCUCGACGGCAUCACACGGUCGUUCAGGAGCGCGUCGACCAGCUGCGAGUCUCUUGUGCAGCCCAUCACAGCAAUCUUCCUGGAGGUGCAGAAGAGCCGAAAAAGUCAGGACAUGCUGGACAAGUUCUUCAGCGUUCUCGGCGUCCCUGGCGCCAUCUACGACAGUUGCGGCGCCAAGGUAGCGCAGCGUCGACAGACCGCGACGGCGAUGACGGCGGCAGACAACUCCACCAGCUCUGACGACGACGACAGCGCGUCGCGCGAGGGGGACGCUGGCGAGGAUCGUGGUUCGAGUGGCCGAGACAACCAGUCGAAGAAGGAGUCUCGCCAAGCCGCGAAACGCAAGGCCUCGGGCGACUACGACGAGGACAGCAUCGAGGAAGAAAAUGAGGACGAGAGCGACAGCGACGAGAACGGCACCUCUGCUGCCGCCGCUGUCACCGCCAAGCCGCAUGGCACCUUGGAAGCCCCCGCUGACAGCACCGCCCCCGCGGACAUGUACGUACUUGAAAGCGGGGAAGAGAUCUAUUUCUGGUAUGGCACCCCUCUGGUGCGCCUCAAGGACGUUGACGCACGGCGGCAACACGUCGAUCAUGUUGCUAACUAUGAGGCAGCCGUGCUGCACCUGCGCCGUGCCAUGCUAUACCUCGAGGAGACGUACUCGCUCAUCGACGGUGCGAUGCUGACUGGAGACGACGGGGAGCCGCCGAAGGCAACGCAGGCGUCAGCUGCGACAGGGGAUAGCCGCUUCCCGUCUGCCAGGCAAGGCACUCCCUUGGCUGCCACGGAGGGAGCAGUAACCGGGUCGUCGAAGAACGUGAGCGCUGUCGGCCGCAGCGUGUUUGCCUACAAGUUCGCCAUGGCCCUCCUCCGCGCCGCCCUGUACCUGUGUAGCCAGCUGGCCGAGGAGCUCAUCUACGCGAACCCAGCCGACACCGUGCUCAUCGAGGAUACGCUGUCCAUGAUGAUGGACACCAGCAUCGCCUCGGUGAAGCUGCAUCACUUCUGCGCUGUGCUGCAAGAGGCACUUGGCGAAGGCAAUCGGCAUAAGCAGGUGCUGACCAAGCUGCGCACGCAGCUGUCCAGUGGCGGGGCGACCGCGGAGGGCGUCAGUCUGAAGGGUGGCGGCACCGCCUUGCCGCUGGGUGCUUCCGACGAUAAUACAGUCAGCUUUUCUCCAAGCAAGCCCGUGCCAGAGGCUGCCACAGGUGGUGCUGCGGCAGCCUCAGCUUCUUCUGUCACUUCGGCGCGACGCGGCACAACUGCCUACCAGCACCCCGCGCAGUUCUUCAUAUCCAUUGUGCAGCGCCAGCAGAAGCACCUCUUCCACUCCAGCGCUGCCGGCCUCCUGCGAGAAGCGAGUGGGUGGCUGCGGAAGGCACAGACAGACGCAGCACGCGGUCUGAAGGAGCGACAUCGGCAACAGGAGCAGCGACGGAAGUUGAGCAUCGCAGCAGCUGGAGGGGCGGACGCUGGGGAAGGCACAGCGGCAGAGCUGCUGGGCGGGAGCAACACCUGUGGGCGCAGGCUGUCGCAAAACCCGCACCUCGGCCUCAGCAUCAGCGGCGACGGCGGUUUCAUCGGCAACGCGAAUGACUCCUUUCUCCAGGAGGGCUCCUUCAUACAGAUGAGCGCGCGCCGCGUCGCCGACCAGCGACAGUCAUCUGCGGGCUCACCGACGAGCGGCGACGGCGACGGUGCGGGUAUCGCAGCCAGCGGCAGCGCCACGGUACGCAUUGAUGGCAGUCCGACAGAGGAGAAUCGCCAGACUGUCGGCAUCAUCCCUGAUGCCUACGUGUCAAGGCUGCUGGACGCCCUCAACACGCCGGAGUCGCCCUUCCCCACCAGCACCGUGUUCUGGGUCGGCACCUUGGACAUGGAUGCGGUGCUCGUGUCCAGCUGUCUGCAGAUUCGCAUCCACAGCUCCUCCCUGCUCAGCCAGCUGUUCACGCGCGCUGAAGUCGAGUCGGCCGUGAUGGCGCAGGCAUGCUCUCUCAAUACCUUCGCCCUGCGACUGUGCACCGAGUGUGUUGGAACGCUCGAGCACGUGGUUGGCUCCUACUGGGGCGGCAUCGCGACUGCGCUGCACUCUGGCGUCUUCGACUUCGUCCCUGAGUCGGACUCGCCGCUGCACACAAUCUUGGCCCAGCUCUUGGGCAACACGGCGGCCCAGGCAGCGGCAGGCACCGGUGGCGCCGCGACGGCCGGCAGCGGCGGCAACGGGUUGCAGCACUCGCCGUCGACCAUCCUCAUCGGCACACACUCACGCUCGCUAAGUCGCGUAGAAGAUAUGGAUCACAACGUCCACGUCUCUGAUGGCGGGGCUGCUGUGACGGGCACAGCAAACCACGACGCGGCCGCGGCGGCCGCGCGAGGAAGCGCGGCAGGCCCCGGCGUGGGAUCGGGGUCCAUCGAGCAGCUGCCGCGCAUACGCUUCGUACCAACGUUGCCGCAUGCUUUUCACCCCACUGCACCCGACGUAGCUGAUGAAAGUGCAGCACAGCAACCCACUCGCCCGAAGCGCCUGCGCGACAUCUCGGUGCAGGCGGUUCAUCACAUGAUCAGCACCGCUGCAGCCACGCUGCAGGCUCUCUUCUUGGCCUUCAUAAACAGGAGCGUCGUGGACAGCUUCGUGAGCGCCCUGGCAGAGUACCGGGCGAGUGAUCUGAGACGCUACGGCCGCUCCGAGCGUAUCGAGCUGCACGCGGCCGUCCUCUACGAAGUCAUCCUUGGUCAGUGGGAGCGCAUGAUGAACCUCGUGAGUGACGCGAUGCUGCGGCUAAAGAUCGUCAUCGGCGAGUCCAGCAGCUCUGCCACCAUCACGUCGGAGACACAGGUAGAGGAAGUUGGUGACCUGCUACAGGACCUGGAGCUGUUGCGCUCCACGUGCCUGCGCUGCUACCUGCACGGCAUCGGCGUGCUGAGUAAGGCCUACCUGACGGCGCUCCCGCUGCUGCGGCGGCACACCGACAAGUCGCUCGACGCGCGCGUCCGCUCCCGGCUCAGCCGCGACUCCGUCUCUUCCCACGCGGUCCACAAGCUGCUCAACGUCUUGUCGGUCGUCAUGGACCGCUGCGUCCCUUUCUUCGCGCGCGAUACGGAGGUCUACGAUAGCGUGGACCUGUUCACCAUCAAGUCAGGGAGCCUGCGCGACGACGCCGACGAGGACGCGGCGGCGGGCGAAAGAAGCGGCGGUAACGCUAGUUCACGCAAUGUUACGUCGCAUCGUCGUCGGCUUCUGCGCCAGCGCUCAGAAAAUGAUCCCCCCGGUAGGGGAAGGGGCGGCGACAGGUCGGGCACGGAACGUUACGGACGAGGGUCAGAGUCCUGCUCGCCAGCCGCUCUCGGAGAUGGCACCGAUGCCAUCGUGGACCCCAUUUCCGAGCUCAUCGCGCAGUUUCACAGAAAGCUGGUGAUGGAGAGCCUACAGGACCACGAGGAACUGGUACUCGCUCUCCUCUCGCACCUCCUGCUCGCCUUCGUUGAUAUGUUGCAGCUGAAGUGCCGUACAGCCACUACAGACGUCACCCUGCACCCCGCCGAGCGCGAGCGGUGCGUCGUCGAGUGCAUGGCCGACACGCUGUGCCUCGCCACAACACUGACGCCUAUUCUCAUGGAGCACCUCCUGACGCCCUGCUUCUUCGAGUUGAUUGCGCGUCAGUUGCCGGAGCUGUGCGCGACACCAGUCGACGUCGCCGCAAUGCUGCAGAGCAAGCAGCAACAGUAUAGCCAAGUCUACCUGUCGGUGGUGGAGGAGCACUGCCAGCUGGCUGUGGACGCCAUGAUGAACGCGUACCUGGCGCUGGCCCAACAGCCCAUCACAGACCUCGUCAGGCGACAGGGCUUUGUGCAGCCGCUCUUCGACUGGCAACGUGUCUCUCCGCACACCACAGCGGCAGUGCGCCCGUACAUCGCCGACGCGAUUGCAUGCAUCGCUCGCGCGCACGAGACGCUAAAUGCUAUUCGGCAGCCGGUUCUCGGCAGCGCCGCGACGCAGCGUCUUGUGGCGCACCUCGUGCGUACCUUUCUGACCUCCUUCACCAGUGACGUGAACGUCUUCGAGCUCUCUGUCGAGUGCAGCUCCAGCUUCUUGGUGUACGGCCUCACACUGCUCGAGGCCGAGGCUGCCACGAUCCUGCGCGUUGUGGACGCGGUUGUGGCGCACGUGAAGGCAAACCCCACCACGAAUGAGCUGUUACCGGAGCUGGCGGUGACGCGGGAAAACCUUGUCGCCGUCACGAAAACCUUGGAGAGCUACGCCACCUCCGUCGGUGAGGCGAUCGUUGCCGCACGCAACAGCGAGGGAGGUGGUGCGAGCGAAGCGGUCAUCGCCCUCUCGCUCCUGUCACGUGACAAGCGCCACGAGCGGCGCGAUGGAAUGGUGCAGACAGCGAUGCGCACACUGGAAUACAUGCUAGAGGCCAUCAACACGGAGCUCGAGGAGUCGUCGCUGUCCAGCGCGGCGCUGCUGCAGCUGCGCAGUGCGGCAGAAAAGGGAGACGGUGCCGCAGGCAACGGCUUACGCAGCGCUGUGGCAGAGCGCAUCGUGCAGCGCAUCGAACGACGCAAGGAGGGGUACGAGCUCCGUCGCGCUCGCGCUGCUGCGGCAGCAGAAGGGGAGCGCCAGCGGAAGAAGGCGUCGGUGUCUGCGGCUUCGCCCGAGGACGACACUGGCCCUGCAGGCAGCUCCGACGGCGACGCCGGUAGGAGUAGCCGACGCCAGCCGGUGCGUCGGCUUACGGACCGGCCUCAACCGGCGCCCACCUCAGCCGGUCUUGGCGACGAUAAGGACGGCGACGCGGAGAGCGCCGGGCAUGUUACCCUACGCACCGUGCAGGAGAGCGAGAGAGAGUCGUUGAAAGCGGCAGAGGCGGCCAGCAACGUGUUCCGUCUUGCUCAGGACCAGCAGCAGAAGCGCCGGGUGCGGCGCGUGAGUAAAGUUGACACCGCCGACGGUAGAGGUGCAGACGGAGCUGCGGAAGCCGGCGAGGUGAGCGCAGGAACAGCCAAGUCGAGGCCCGCACCCGCAGCGGUGCCGCUUGCGGGCUAUGCGGCGGGCGGCAACGAUGACGACGGCAGUGAGGGGGCGGAAGCAGUACCGACGCGUAAUCGGAUGCCCCGGCGUGCACAGCGGCGCAUCGUCAGGGGUGACAAUAAUGGCGGGGUGCCGGAACGGCACGAGAGGCGCGCCAACCGCUUCCGGCGCUCCAAUGUGCUUUGA